CCUCGACCGACGACGACGACAUUGAUGAGCCUAGUCCUCCCUUCACUCGUUUCUUCUAUAAUUCCUCAUCGUAACCUCUGUUACCGGGCAGACCUUCUGUGCUCCGACACCCAUCGUCCACCGUCUCUUUUCUCACUGGCCCGGUCAUCCGAAGUGGUGUAGCUCAGGCUGUGCACAGGCAUUACCCAACCCGCUAAUUCGUAACUCACCUCAACUACCGCACUGAGGUCGACCUGCAAUUACCUUACGACACCGUUACGCUGCGGACAAGGCCUCUCACUCCGCCUGGACGUCCAGAAUACAGAGAAAAAGCUGGCCAGGUACGGAUACCUGUCGGGGGUAAUUUGCCUGCCACGACCCACCGCGCCCACGGAUUCCUCGUUCAUUGGCAUCCACUAGGACCACCAUCACCCAACCCACUCCCACUCACACUCCUCCCGCUCAGCCAUUGAAUAAUUUGGCUCAGCUUGUUGCUUCAUUAAACAAAUAAACACGACCGCCCCCCGAACCGCUCAACCACCCACGCACUUCAACCUCCCGCUGUCACAUUUCUCCGCGUUUUGUCCCUUUCCGGUACCUGAGCGAUUCUCCAUUUCGCACUAGUCUGAUUCGCUUUGCCUCAGCUCAGCACAGUGCCGCCGCUUGUAGAGCGAAAUCAAUUCGUCCCGGAGAAAAAGACCAAGGUCGCCCAGAUUUCCAUUCCACGGCCUGGUCUAAAUCCGCUCAUUCCUUUUCGCAAUUGGCAUCCCGAUACCCAUCAUAUCAUGGCCUCCAACGACUACUACCAAGUCAACAAACCGCCCGUGGCAGCGUCCCCUUCGCCUGCUCCCUACUACGGCGGCGGGGCGUACAACAACAUCCCUUCCACCAGUUCCACGCCCGCCCCUCCCUAUAGCUCAAUACCGAACGCGCCCGGUGCCAGCCAACCACCACCGCGCCAGAACACCGUAUCUCCCUUUGAGAGUGUCUUUGACGACCACGUCUACCCAGUAGAUUCGACCCAGGACGGGUUUCGACACAACGGCCACUCCCAGAGCCCCCAUAACAUGAACAAUAUGAACGUGGAGCCCCAGCGCAUGAACAUGAUGAACACGGUAGACACCGCCUACGGUGGCCAUGGCCAAACGCCCUACAACCCGCACGACAUGCAUCAACCAAAUCCCUACGCGCAGCAGGACACGGCCUACUACAGUCAAUCUUCCGUCUCCCCUGAUGCCAGCAGACAGAACGUAGCCGACGAUAUUCCCUUGCAGAGCCGGCAGCCAACGCAGCCGCACAAGGACGUGGAAAUGAACGACAACGACCACGUGUACGAUGCGCCCCAGGGUUCCCGACGGUCCAAGAGCCGGCGUGACAAGAAGAAGGUCGGCUUUGGCCAGCUCGGCAUGUUUGGCGCCGACAGGAAGGGUAUUCCGUGGGUGGUCUACAUUUUCACAUUGGUCCAGGUUGCAGUCUUCAUAGCUGAAAUCGUCAAGAAUGCCCAACUGACGGGCUCUCCCAUCAUGACAAAGCCCUCCUUCAACCCCAUGAUUGGACCUUCGACGUACGUAAUGAUCAACAUGGGCGCUCGCUACGUCGCCUGCAUGCACAAUGUCAAGGGCAUCCAAGAUUUGGGUCAGCCCAUAACCUGGCCUUGCCCGAACUCGACCUCGAACGAUGCCGCCAACCCCUCGAAUCAGUGCGGUCUGAGCGAUUUGUGCGGCUUUGGCGGUGUGCCCGAGCCUACCUACACCGACAUCAACCAGUCGCCGGAGCCUAAUCAGUGGUUCCGCUUCAUCACGCCCAUCUUCUUGCAUGCGGGCCUCAUCCAUAUCGGUUUCAACCUGCUUCUGCAGAUGACCAUAGGGAAAGAGAUGGAGAUAGCCAUCGGUUCCAUUCGAUUCUUCUUGGUCUACGUGAGCGCCGGUAUCUUCGGCAACGUCAUGGGAGCGAACUACGCCGGCGUCAUGGCGGCAUCAACAGGUGCUUCAGGUGCGCUGUUUGGCGUUAUUGCCCUCACUCUGCUCGAUCUUUUGUACUCCUGGAAGGACCGACGCAGCCCCGUUAAGGAUUUGAUGUUCAUCCUGCUGGACAUCGUCAUUUCCUUCGUCCUGGGGCUCCUUCCAGGUCUCGACAACUUUGCCCAUAUUGGCGGUUUCUUGAUGGGCCUGGCGCUUGGCGUCUGUGUCUUGCAUUCCCCUAACUCGUUGAGACGGAAAAUGGGAGCCGAAGACCCGUCGUACGCUUCAAUGCAGCUUAACCCUAACCAGGGCCCGCCUCACUUCUUGAAGAACCCGGUCGGGUUCUUUAAAGGUCGGAAGCCACUCUGGUGGGCAUGGUGGUUGGUCAGAGCCGGCUUUUUGCUGACCGUCAUCAUCGUCUUCAUCGUCUUGCUCAACAACUUCUACAUCUACCACAACACUUGCAGCUGGUGCAAAUACCUCAGCUGCAUUCCUGUCAACAACUGGUGUGAACUCGACAAUUUUAAAAUUACUUCAUCUUAAAAGGAACGGACAGUAUCAUCACAGAAUCAGCCGAACCUAUGCAUUAGGUCACGUACUUUGGCAGAAAGGGUUUCAUGGUUUGCAUUGCUUAGCGACGGCGUCAGGUUAAAGAUGAGUAUUUUACGAAGGGAAAGAUGGGUUACCCGACUACCUUAACAGAGACAAACAGCCUUCAUAGACCAUACAUAUACCAGCAAGGGGUGGUACAGGUUCUCUAUUUGUUGGCAAUCGGCCGACGAGCGAUCCUCGGCAACAAACAAACCGUUGCAACGUUCUUUUCAACGUGUUAAUGCGGCGCCGUCUUGGCUACCCCGCAAAUCGAUCAAUGGGCUGAACGACGUUACGUACUCGGAAUUCGGCCCAUCUUAGUUGGAUUAAAUAAAUGCUGCGUUCCCCUCUGGGAGAUGAA